AUGGCCCCGAGGAAAGGAGGCCUGGCCCUGGCUGUGCUGCUGGUCUCCUGGGCAGCGCUGGGCCCCCGGGGCCUGGAGGGAGUGGAGCCUGGAGUGCCAGGGGACACCGAGGGCCUGCAGUGCCCAGCCGUCUGCACCUGCGGCCACGAUGACUACACAGACGAGCCCAGCGUCUUCUGCAGCUCCCGGAACCUCACGUGGCUGCCGGAAGGCCUGCCCGACAGCGCCAGGGCCCUGUGGCUGGAUGGCAACAACUUCUCCUCCAUCCCCGAGGCCGCCUUCCGCAACUUCUCCAGCCUGGGCUUCCUCAACCUGCAGGGCAGCGGGCUGGCCAGCCUGGAGCCCAAGGCGCUGCUGGGCCUGCAGAACCUGUACCACCUGCACCUGGAGCGGAACCAGCUGCGCAGCCUUGGGGCUCGCACCUUCCUGCACACGCCGGCUCUCGCCUCGCUCGGCCUCAACAACAACCUCCUCAGCAGGGUGGACGGGGGCGUCUUCCACGGCCUGGCCAACCUCUGGGACCUCAACCUCGGCUGGAACAGCCUGGCCGUGCUCCCCGACACCGUGUUCCGGGGCCUGGGCAGCCUGCGGGCGCUGGUGCUCGCCGGCAACAAGCUGACCUACCUGCAGCCCCCCCUCUUCCACGGCCUCGGCGAGCUCCGCCAGCUGGACCUGAGCAGGAACGCCCUGCGGGCCAUCAAGGCCAACGUCUUUGUCAAGCUGCCCAGGCUCCAGAAGCUCUACCUAGACCACAACCACAUCGCCGCCAUGGCCCCGGGCGCGUUCCUGGGCCUGAAGGCUCUGCGCUGGCUGGACCUGUCCCACAACCGCGUGGGGGGCCUCCUGGAAGACACCUUCCCGGGCCUGCUGGGCCUGCAUGUCCUGCGCCUCUCGCACAACGCCAUCGCCGGCCUGCGGCCCCGGACCUUCAGGGACCUGCACUUCCUGGAGGAGCUGCGGCUGGGCCACAACCGCGUCCGGCAGCUGCCGGACAAGGCCUUUGAGGGCCUGGGCCAGCUGGAGGUGCUCACGCUCAACGACAACCAGAUCCAGGAGGUCAGGGCGGGAGCCUUCCACGGGCUCGCGCACGUGGCCGUCAUGAACCUCUCCGGCAACUGCCUGCGGAGCCUCCCGGCGCGCGUGUUCCAGGGCCUGGCCAGGCUGCACAGCCUGCACCUGGCGGGCAGCUGCCUGGGCCGCGUCGGCCAGCACACCUUCGCCGGCCUCUCCGGGCUGCGCCGGCUCCUCCUCGGGGACAACGGCAUCGCGGCCAUCGAGGAGCAGAGCCUGUGGGGGCUCCCCGAGCUCCUGGAGCUGGACCUCACCUCAAACCAGCUGACGCAGCUGCCCAGCCAGCUCUUCCGGGGCCUGGGCAAGCUGGAGUACUUGCUCCUGUCCCGCAACCGGCUGUCGGCGCUGCCAGCGGAAGUGCUGGGGCCCCUGCAGUCCACCUUCUGGCUGGACGUCUCGCACAACCACCUGCAGGCCCUGCCCGAGGGCAGCCUGUCGCCGCUGGUGCGGCUGCGCUACCUCAGCCUCAGGAACAACUCGCUGCAGACCUUCGUGCCACAGCCCCCUGGCCUGGAGCGCCUGUGGCUGGAGGGCAACCCCUGGCACUGUGGCUGCCCCCUCCAGGCCCUGCGGGCCUUCGCCCUGCAGCACCCCACUGCUGUGCCCCGCUUUGUCCAGGCCGUUUCCGAAGGGGACGACGGCCAGCGACCCGUGUACACCUACAACAACAUCACCUGCGCCGGCCCCCCCGGCGUCUCGGGGCUGGACCUGCGGGACGUUGGCGAGGACCACUUUACCCACUGCUGA